AUGGAAAAUUCAAUCCGUUACUUAAAACGGGUUGGGAAAAUAUCGAUACGUGAAAAUGUGGGUCGAGGGAUUUGUACUGAUAAGAAAGUAUUGGUUAACAAGUUUGUUGAAGAUAAACAUAAUAAUAAUUUGAAUAUAUUAGAUAAUAUAAAAUUUAAGAAUAUUUUAAAAAAAAUUGAAGUUAGUAGAGUUAGGUUAAAUAUAAAGGGGACCUAUGAAAACAUCUUUAAAGAUAAAAAAUGUUAUUUUAGUGGAAAUUAUAAUUAUGAACAAGGUUUAAAAUCUAUAGAUAAAUUAAAAAAUAGUGAUAUUGAAUAUAUCGAUUAUGUUUUAAAAAAAGUAAACAAAAUAAAUGAUAAAGACGAAGAAGGAUGUAUUCUUGAAUUAAAAGGAAUAUCUAAUAAUGGUGAAAAUAUUAUAGAGUUUACUAAUAUGUGUAUAAAAAUGUGUAAAAAACUAUUACAAGAUAUAUUUAAAGAAAAUAAUAUAUAUAUAAUUGUAAAUAGGAUAGACACAGUUUCAAAUAAUUUAUGUAAGUUAGGUGAUGCUUUAGAGUUGCUAAGAAAUUUGCAUAACAAUCAUAAUGUAAUUUUAAAAGCUCAUGAAGGAUUAGAAAAGUUAACAAAUUUUAUUGAUGAAAUAAAUAUUGAUGAAAAGAUUUAUAACUUUUUAAAAAAAAAAUAUAAUGAAAAUAUAGAUAUAUUAAAUUAUGAACAUAAAGAAGUUUUAGAAAAUAUGAUUCAAUCUAUGGAAAAUCAAGGUGUACAUAUUAAAGACAAAGAGAAAAAAAAGGAAUAUUUAGAAUUACAAGCUCAAGAGAAAUAUUUUGCAUUUCAUUCAUCUUCAAACUUUUCAAACAAUUUAGAAGGAAUUUAUAUUGAAAAAAAUAAACUAUUACAAUAUAUAGAUAAAAAUAUAUUGAUUGAAUAUGAAAAUAAAAUUAAACCUUUAUAUAAAAAUAAUAAAAUAAAAACAAGCUAUUUAUAUCCUACUAAUGAUUAUAUAUACAUUUUACAAGAGAGCUCUUUUUUAUUAACACUUUUAGAAAAUAUUCCUGAACAGAAUUUAAGAGAAAAAAUUUACAACUUAUUUAAAAAGCCAAAUAAAGAGUUUCAAAAUAAUAUUUUAGUUUUACAAUAUUAUAGAAAUAUGUUAAUUAUUUAUAGAAAUUUUAAAAACUACAAUGAAUAUGCAUUAAAAAAUUGUAUAUUAAAUUCUCCUGAUAAAGUUUUAUAUUUUUUAGAGAAAGUUUUUAAAAAAAUAUUGCCACAUUUUUUCAACGAGUUAAAAUUCAUAGAGCGUUAUAUUCAAUUUUGUGAAAAUCGAAAUAAUAAUAGUAUAUCUCCCCAAAAUGAAAAUUAUAAUAAAGCCGGUUUAAGCGAUGGUUGGAAAGAUGAUGGCAGUAACUUGUCUUUGGUAACACCAGAGAACAUAUUUUACUAUAUUAAUAAAAUAAAAAUGGAAAAAUUGAAAAAGAUUGAAAACAAACUUAAUGACAAUUUAACCUUAUAUGAUGUUUUAAGUUUUGUCAUAAAAAUUUUAAAAAAAAGUUAUUUGUUAGAUAUGAUAAGUGUGAUACCAAUGAAAGGAGAACUUUGGGAUGAAAACAUUUUAAAAUUUGAAAUUAAAAAAGAUAAUCAUAUUUAUGGUUAUAUAUAUAUGGAUUUAUUUGAAAGAGAAAAUAAAAAUCAGGCAAUAGCACAAUACACAGUCCGAUGCUCCAAAAAUAUGAACACCUGUUUGAAGUAUAAAUGGUUUGACGAAGGUGCCGAAUGUAGCGAAGGUACCGAAGGUAGCGAAGCUAAUCUUCCAUUUGUAUACACAGGCAUCAUUAAAAAUGAGGAAAAUAAUCAAGACAUAUCUGGAAAUUGUGGAUAUAGACAAACUACCUCCACAUUUUUGGUUUGCAAUUUUAAAGCCAACUUUGAUAAGAAUAAAAAUGUAGAGAAAAAAGCUAAACACAAGGAGAAUAUAAAAUGUGAUUUUCUCUCUUAUGAAAUUAAACAUUUUUUAGAGAACAUUAAAAUGAGUGUAGAAAAAGUUAAUGUUUUUCUCCAUGAGUUUGGACAUACAUUACACUGUAUAUUAAGCUCAACAUAUUUACAACAUUUAUCAGGUAAUAGAAGUGGAGCAGAUUUUUCUGAAAUUUCAUCCCAUCUCUUUGAAGAAUAUUUAAAUAGCUAUGAAGCAUUAACCAUGUUAUAUUCACAAAAAAAAAAUGAAAAUGAAAUAAAAAAUAUGAUAACAGAUUAUGUUAAAAAUAAAAAUAUUAUAUGUUACUAUCCAAUUGUUCAACUUAUUAUACAAUCUAUUGUUGAUCAAAUAUUUUAUUCUUUAUCUCAUAAUUCUAAUAAUAUGAAUGAAAGAAAACAAUUAAUUGAAAAUGAAAUAAAAACAUACUUCUUAGGAUUAUAUUAUAAAAAUAUUUUUAUAUUAGAUUUUUUUCCUCAUAUCCAUUUUUCAAAAACAACACAUUUAAUUCAUUACCCUUCAAAUUAUUAUUGUUAUUUAUAUUGCUCUGUUUUGGCAAAAUAUAUAUGGAACCGAACCUUUAAAAAUGGCUUGUAUAACUUGGACAGUUCAUCCCGCAUCGUCAAGUUUUUAGAGGGGGGCUCUGUUAAUUCGAGCUUACGAAAUAUCAUAUCCUUAGUCGAACAGGAUAAGGAGAAAGUUGAGUAUUACACGGAAAACCCUCACCACAUCCCGCUGGACGAUUUUUUUGAAUAUUACCAGGAAGGAGAUAAGCAGCAGAUAUAUGAUUCAUUCUUUUGCUCAAUCAUGCCAUGA